CUCGGAAAUCGAAAAAAAAAGAAAAAGAAAUAAUAUUUGGGGAUUUGGAAACUUCAGAAAUUUCAAAUCUCUCUCUCCCCUCUGUUUCAACUUCUCUUUCUCUCGAAUCUUCCCGAUCCAGUUUCGAGCUCGGAAAUUUGUCACCGGAAUAAUGGGUGUGCCGGAAACCGACCCUCUUUCUCAGCUGAGCCUGCCGCCGGGGUUUCGAUUCUAUCCGACGGACGAGGAGCUUCUGGUUCAGUACCUCUGCCGCAAGGUUGCUGGGUACCAAUUCAAUCUGCAAAUAAUUGCUGAAAUCGAUCUUUACAAGUUUGAUCCUUGGGUUUUACCAAGCAAAGCGAUAUUUGGGGAAAAAGAAUGGUACUUUUUCAGUCCGAGGGACCGGAAAUACCCAAAUGGGUCGCGACCCAAUCGGGUUGCUGGGACCGGGUACUGGAAGGCAACUGGAACUGAUAAGGUUAUUACAACUGAAGGUAGAAAAGUUGGGAUUAAAAAAGCACUUGUUUUCUAUGUGGGAAAAGCCCCAAAAGGCACCAAGACCAACUGGAUUAUGCACGAGUAUCGCCUCAUCGAGCCCUCUCGCAAAAAUGGCAGCUCCAAGUUGGAUGAAUGGGUUUUGUGUCGUAUUUACAAGAAGAGCAGCAGCUCAGCAGCGGCUGCGGCAGCGGCAGCACAGAAGCCCGUUACGAGCGUUUCGAGCAAAGAGCACAGCAACGGCUCGUCGUCAUCGUGCUCUUCUCAGCUCGACGACGUGCUCGAGUGGUUGCCGGAUAUUGACGAUCGGAACUUCACCCUGCCCCGGAUAAACUCGCUCAAGACGCUGCUGCAGCAGCAGGAGGACAGCAAGAAUUUUCAGAACACCGGUUCCGGGAAUUUCGACUGGGCGACUCUCGCCGGGCUCAACUCGGCGCCAGAACUCAAUCUCAAUAAUCAGACUCAGCAAGGCCAAGGACAAAUGAAUUUCAAUUUCAAUAACAAUGACGUGCCUCCCUUCAACCCCACCUCUCUGCCACGUGGAAUGGCCGCCGGAGAGUUUGGGAAGACGGCGGAGGAGGAGGUGCAGAGCGGACUCAGAACUCAGCGGGUGGAUAACUCCAACUUCUUCCAGCAACACUCUCAGAACGUUUGUUACCCGGUCCGGCCCAGCGGGUUCGGGCAUUGGCAGUAAAGGCAAAAGCCAGAAGUCGAAAAUAAAUGGAAGCAGCAAAGGACCGAGGCCCGAGGGAGUGCAUUUGGGUAGAAAAUCCACGUAGGAGUGCAUUUCUGUAAAUAAUUUGGAUUUUUUGGGCUAACAUUUUGGGGUUAAAUUAUAAAAAAAAAGUCUGGGAGGGGGUGGCAUGAAAAAAGUGGAUGGAGAUUUGUCCGUUGUUUUUGCUAGUUUGAGGCCGCAGAUUCAACCAACUCGAAACAAAGAAUCUUUGUAUAACAAAAUUACGGCAGUUAGAAUGUAAUAUCCAGUUGUCAGAGAAAAACCGGUCAAAAUUUGCAGCUUCUGCCAUUCAUGGGAAAUAGUAUUCUUUCAAAAGUCAAAUUCUAACGGUGAUUGUUGA